UGAGGUAUCCCUUUUCACUUCAAGAAAAUUCUACGACACGACCUAUUUGAUUUAUUUCAUUUUCUUUUAAUCUUAUAUUAACUCUGAGUCUUUGGACUGAGGCUAAGCUGAAGUACCUUUUUCAAGGAUUCAGACGAUCAUAUUGAUUGAACCGGUACUUAGUUUAUGGAGAUCGUUUUGUCAAACUGCUAAGUUACGAGACAUCAAGAGACCAAAGCCACCCUACAGUCUAAAAACCGAUGCAAAAUGGAUCACAGACACAUACCUAUACAUAUACAACAUGUUAGUCCGUCAUUGUUGAUGACCAACAACAUCACAUAGGAGAAGAAAACGGGUGACGAUUGUUUAUUGGUGCAAAUCAUUCAUUAAACUACCUAAAAUGCCUACAGAACCAGAGAUCAUCAAAGAGAAACCCAGUAUAGACAACUCAAGUAAAGAAAUUCUUCCUGCUCUUGGGACACUGCCUAAAACUGAGAAUUAUUAUCUGCCUCAAGAAAUUGUCUUUGCUUUGUCUAAACUAGACCAGUCUCCUCAUGAAAGCUCCUCAAAGCCACCGAAAGAUGUUCAUGCUAUUAAAAAUUUGACUGGUUCUACAAGAAAACGACCUGAUAAUGUAUGGCAUUAUAAAAGAAGAGAAAAGUUCAAACAUCUCACUGACAACACUGUGUGCAUCUGUGGCUCUGGAAAGGACAUCUCAUUUCUAUACGAUGCCUUACCUCCAGAUAAAUCAGAAAUAUAUUUUAGAGACCUGGAAAAUAAGAUGGCUCAGAAAAAAACUGAUGAUAAACUUCAAUUGCCUUUUGAAUUGUGUCCUGACGAAUAUUACUUUGUGAGUAAAAAAGGAGUGAAAUCUUUGAAAAUUCAAGAUGAAACUUACAAAACACUGACUGAAGACCACACAAAGCAUCUCACACAGUUUCCAUCUCUAAAGCCUAACAGCCGUUUUGAGGUGAUAAAGCUGAGAAAUGCUAUGCAUAAUAUGCUAAAUAAAGCUGGAAUGAAUGAAGAUUCCAAGAGUGAAGAUGGUCUUACACAGAUGCACAAUCUUCUGGAGCUGGUGAGGAAAGAGCAAGACAUCUACAAUGUUGUAUUCCAUGAAAUAAUCCGCCAGGUGAGUGUGGACUGUAUUGAACGUGGAGAUCUGCUGGCUGAAAUACGGCAACGCUACUUGGACCUUCUGAACCGAGUUCCUGAACAGAUCAAAAGCUUAUAUGAAGAAGUGCUUUCACAACGAGCCCUUGACCGAAGGUUAACAGAUGAACUAAUUAGAUUUAAGAGGGCUUUGAUCCAACUCUCUGAAGAACUGGCAUGUGUAAAAGCCCAGGACAUUAAACUUACUGAAGAAAUCAACACAACCAGGAAAGCAUUAAAAACUGCUCUGAGUGAAUCAGCCAAAAAUGCCAACAUGCUAAAGGAGUACCAAGAAUUAUAUGAUCUUCAGCGUCACCGUUUGGAAAAGCAGGUGAACAAUACUACUCAAGAGCGAGACCUGUGGUGCAAGACAACUUAUAAUUUAGCCAUCAAAGUCAUUGAAGAAGGUGAUUUACUUAUUGCCAAACGUCUUAUUAUUUAUGAGAAGCAGUGGGCAAAAAUUUGUCAGCAUUACACUGUUACAUUAAGUGACAUAGACACUAGCCACUUGAUUAUAAUACAAGGCCUGUUGGAGGUCUGGAAGGUUCACAUGGAACAAUAUUUCUUGGAUAUUUCGCAAUGGGAAGAAAAGUCAUCAGCACAGUUGAAGGCAUUACGAGCAGAUAUUGGAAGUUACAUUACACAUUUUACAGAAAACCUUGAAAAUAACAAUGGCACUACUGACACUACACAUAAUCUUCGGCGGUUAGAUGACCUCUUUAAGAAAAUGAUUUAUUGGGAUCAGAUACUGAUGGAGGAAAAUGUGAAUUAUUUUGGAGAACUGCCAUUGACAAGAAUGGAAAAACUGGGAGUGCUUAUCAAAUUGCAAGCAGAAUGGCAGGGUUUAUGCUUUAAGUUGCUAGUGAGACAUCAACCUUCACAAACACAGAAGACAAAAAUGGAUGCAGCCUUUGAAAAAAUAACUUAUCUGAUGAAGGAGAUGAAGGUUCAGAAUGAAGUUCUCAUAACUGGAGAAAAUGGAACUGCUAAAGGUAUCAGUCGGUUGUCUGAGAAAUUGAAUGGAUGGAUUAAAAAACUAAAUAACUCUGUCAAAGACCCAAAAUUAUUUGAUCCUCAAGAAGAUGAUAAUUUAUUGGAAAUUUUAUCAGAAAUUAAUGAUGCAGCAAAUAACAUAGUGAAUAGCUUUGGAAUGGUUGAAACACGUCAUGAACGAAUAUAUCUUGAACCAAAACGUCGGAUAUCCAUAUUUAAUGUGGUGAACUGUGGAAAUCACUUGUAUAAUAUUGUUUCAAGUAUCAUAGACAGCCAGGAUGCUAAGCUUGUAGAUCAGGUCACUCAGCUACAUUUGAAGAUUAUAAUGUGGAUGUGCCAUCUUCUGAUUCACUUAUGUCCAGAUCGUGAGAGUUCUUCAAAAGAGACCCUGGAAGUCCUUUACUCCACUUAUCCUUCACCUAAAGAGGUUAUGCAAGAAGGGAUUUCGAUUUUUCCUGUUGUAGAAACUCUGACUGAAAAGAUUGCACGAGAUAUAACUGACGUACGUGAAAUAACAAAGGAAUUUCCAAGUGAUGCUGUCUAUGAUUUGAAAACAUAUGGGAAAUUGACAAGGCAAUUUUCUAUGGAUGAAAAUGAUGAUGGUUUUGAAAUAGAGCAGAUGAAGGUGGACUGUGAGAAGUGGAUAUACUCAGCUAAAUUAUUACUUUCUGACAUUCUCAAAGAGCCACUAAUUCUUACAUUUCCUAACGUUGAAAAACAACAGAGUAAAAUAGAAAAUUCAUUUGCUGAAGAUACUAACAAACCUGUAAUAUCAGAAUGCUUAGAGAAAUUAAAUAUUCCCAGAAAAGAUGAAGGGAAAAUGCAGGAGCAUGGUGUAGAUCAUUCUGAUGGUGUCCUUCUUGCAAAGCCUCCAGAUACAUUACCGCUACCUUCCUCUAGAGCAGGAAGUUUCCCCGAAGAAACUUCAAAGAGUGAUUCUGCAAGAAAAAGCAUCGCUGAGAGUUCACAAAAGGAUUCCAAAUUUGUUGAUACAGGAGCCACCAAAGCACCAGAAGCAACAAAAAAGCCAGCAGGAAUCAAAGUACGUAAAACAUCCAAAGUAUUAGAAGCAGCUAAAACAUCAGAAACAACUAAAAUGCCUGAAGCAACCAAAACACCAGAAGCAACCAAAGCAGCCAAAGCAACCAAAACACAUGAAGCAACCAAAGCAACCAAAGCAAUCAAAACACAUGAAUCAAAAGCAAUCAAAUCAUCAGAAGGAGCCAAAGCAGCCAAAACACCUGAAGUAAGCGAAGCAUCAGAAAGAACUGAAUCAUCAGAUGAGGCUAAAGUAUCAGAAGGCAAUGAAACAGGACCAGACAGUGAAGCAGAAGUUAUCUAUGUAUCAGUAUCAACUCAAACAGUAAGCCAAUUAACAUACAGUGAAUACAGAAUGGAGCAACUAUCCAAAUUAAAAAAAUUAGAAAGCAAGAAAUCUUUGCAAGGAUACACACAAUCAUUAGACAAUAUAAGCAGAAUCAGUUCUGAUAUUACAAAACAAUCUUCAAGUCUCAUAAAAUCAAAAACUGAAAUUGAAGAUGAUAUCAUAGAAGUGAUUGGAAGUGAUGGUCACACCCUAAGUCAAACUCUAGAGUACAGUAAACACCAAAUUCCUGCUAAACCAUCUCUGCUGGAAGCUGAUCUCAAAGCACCCGAUACUAAUAAGGCAUAUAUAGCUCUUUGUACUGUGAAGAUGUUACAGGAGCAGUUAGUUGCCACUGAAAAGAGAGCUCAAGAAUAUGAGAAUCGAGCAGACAUUGCUGAAUUUGAACUAAUUCAGCUACAGGGAAAAUUACAAGCAAUGACUAAAAUAGGCAAAGAUUUGAAUACAUCAGCCAUUCUGAUUUCAGAUAAAAUCACUGAAUCCACUAGUUUACCCUCAACACAAACAGGGAAAGCUCUAAAAAAAUCUCUAGCAAAAACCCCAAAGAGUAAAAAGAAAUAAUUUAUAUUUCCUUUUACAAGGAAAGUAAAUGUAAUAAUAAUUGAUUUACAAAAAGUCUUUGACUUAAUAAAUUCUGUUUGAAUGAC